AUGGCAUCCGAGGCCCUUCCAGCUCCCUACGCAGACCUCCUCUCGUCCUACAAAGACGCCGAACCCCUCCCAGAGAAGUUCAAUGCUGACGGGAAGUCGUUAUAUAAUCCUCCUGGUCCUCGUUCCGCUUCGUACGAGGAGUUCCCGCUCCCGAUUGAUUCGUCGAAUAAUGGAUUUGACUUUCAUGUGUAUUACAUGCAGAACGUCGAGGAAGAUAAGACAUAUGCGCGUGCGUUGCAUGAACGGAUUCGACGUGAAUUUCCUGAACUCAGGAUUUAUAGGUUCUGGGAGAAGCCAGUCGGGCCGCAUCCAACAGCCAUGUUCGAAAUAAACACUUUCAACCCUCACCAAACUGGUACUCUCCUCUCUUGGCUGGUCGUGCACCGCGGUCCCUGCUCCGUCUUCAUCCACCCGAACACAGGCGACCCGGUCGCAGAUCACACGGAACUUGCAACUUGGAUAGGCAAGCCCUGGCCUCUGCAUGUCGAUAUGCUCAAGCGCUUCAUGCAAGCUCGCCAGCAACGGGCACAACAGGCUGCUCGUCCCCAGCCGUCAUAA